AUGGACAAGCAACGACUUGAUAAGAUUCUUGAACUUCUUUGGGUAUGCAAAUUACCAAACUUAGAAGAUACAAAGUAUUUGCUUACCCUUGGGCAGCAAGUUCUUAUUAAAGAACCAAAUGUUUUAAAGUUACAAUCACCAAUUACAUUAUGCGGAGAUAUUCACGGACAAUUUUACGACCUUCUUGAACUUUUCUCUGUUGGUGGUCAUCCACCUGAACAAAAUUUCUUAUUCCUCGGAGAUUAUGUAGAUAGAGGUUUUUAUUCUACAGAAACAUUCUUCCUACUACUGGCUCUUAAGGUUAGAUAUCCAACCAAAAUGUUUUUAAUCAGAGGAAAUCACGAAAGCGAACAAGUUACAAUGGACUACGGUUUUAAAGAAGAAUGUAAAAGAAAAUACACGGAUGAAACUAUCUAUAACUUAUGCCUAGAAGCGUUUAAUGCGCUUCCACUUGCAGCAGUUAUCGAUGGUGAUGUUUUUUGUGUUCAUGGUGGUCUUAGCAAAGACCUCAAAACUGUCGAUCAAUUGAAUGACAUUGACCGAAAUAUGGAACCGCCUGAGUAUGGCCUCUUUUCAGAUAUAUUAUGGUCCGAUCCUGAUGAGAAGAUUAAUGGAUUCGAAGAGUCCCAAAGAGGAGCUGGCUACUUAUUUGGUGGCGAUGUUACAGCAGAAUUUUUAAAGAAUAAUAACUUAAAAUUCAUGUGUAGAGCACAUCAAGUUGCACAAGACGGAUAUUACAAAUGGUUCAAUGGCCUUUGCUACACAGUUUGGUCUGCGCCUAACUAUUGUUAUAGAGGCGGAAACCUGGCUACUGUAUUCGAAAUCACAAAUGCGGACAAAACAAAGUUUAAGGUAUUUAGAGAAGCUCCUGCAUGUGCUAGAGGAAAGCAGCCAGAUUCAAUGUUGCCGCAAUACUUUGUUUAA